AUUUUAUUUUUAUUGAAUUAAUAACCAUAAUGUUCUUUGACCCAGAUCACCAGAAGCCAAAAAUUAGUAAAUUCACCAAGAAUGCAAUGAAGUUUCGUGAAGACCUUUACAUUGGAGUUUCAAUUGUCGAAAAGAUUUUAAGAAGGACCCAUUUAUUAGCUUAUAGUAGAGAUAUGGAUCAGUAUGUUCAACCUUAUGCGACUGAACUAUUUUUAUAUCAUUUGAGGGACCAAAUAUGAGUUAUGUAUACUCCUUACAACAUUAAUAUUGAUUAUCCUCCAAACCAUGAACAAAUUUUUUCAUCUCAAAUGUGAGCCUCAGGAAUAAUCAAUAAGAUCAUGAAUUCUCCUGAAGGAAAACGCAUGAACUAUUUAUUGCAUGAUGAAGAAGACGAAGAGCCACAGCCAGCUUUAAUAGAUAGGCAAGCUGGGUUCAACCUCCCUCGCAAAGAUCAUUCAUGAAUUUUAGAAAUAGAAAGUAGCGAAGAAGAGAUUGUUGUAGAAAAUGAUAAGAAGAAAAUAUCUGUAAAUAAAAGGGCAGCUCAUCUCAAACAGCCUAAAAAGCGCCCUCUGGCAGUAGAACUGCCGUCUGAAGAAGGGCUUCAGCUAAAUGAUAACGCAAUAGCCAUGAAAGAUCGCAUCCUUGAAGAAAAAUAGGAAAAUUCAAGAAGAAAGAGAUAGGAGAGACCAUCAAAAGAAAAUUGAUAGACUUAUGAGGAGGCAGAUCAUUGAGAGGAAUAAAGAACUUGCUAAAAAGAAAUACACCUAUGAUUUCAAUGGAAAUUUUCUUUUUAUAAAAAAGCUAAAUGGUGACAAGUUGCCCAAGAAGACCAUAAAUUUACCCUAUAAAUGGCAUUUGACAAACCAAGAGUUGCUAGAGUUAGAACAAAAUGAAAAGAAGAAGAAAGCAGCUUCUAGGACUUUGUAUGUUAAAGAUAAACCAAAACCUAAACCGCAGAAGUUAUAUAAGUUACCCCAAAGCUUCUCUAGCACAAUCAUACCAUCGAAGUUUGAGUAUUUAAAGAAUGGGAACUAUGAUGUAAUGAAACCUCAAGUGGGAGUCACUUUAGUACAAAAUGGGAAAAGAAAAAAAUCCCAGCCAAUACGAACCUCUCCAAAAAGUAGUCUCAAAGAUGAUAGAUCGUCCAUCCAAAAAGAUAUCAGUAUAGAUGAUCUUGAUGAAUAUACUGCAACAUUAAAAAUGCCUGAUUUUGAAGAAAUUGAUCCAAUUUUCCAUACUCAACCAGAUAAAAUUUUAACUAAAAUUAGCAGUGAUCAUCAUGUAAGAGUUGUAGACAGAAAAGCUGUUAAAUGGAUGAUUACGACUCCAGACAAAAAUACUCCCUUGAAUAGGACUUCUAAAAAUUCUGGAUGCAAAUCCAAAUAAUCCAAAAAUAAAUAUAGCAAAUCUACAAGUAAAUCCAAGAGUAAAUACAGCAAAUAAAAGUGGUUUCCGACAUAACUUAAGAACCAAUAAAAGUCAUAAGCAUCUUUCCAGAAGAAGUUCUCGGAAAAGCUUUACUGAACGAUUUGAAGAGGCAGAUAUCCUUUCAAAAAUUAAAAAUCCACACACCAAAGUUGUAUACCAAGCAGCUUUUGGGUUAAACUGGGGUCAAGAAAGAGGAGCUGGACCUGGAUUAUCAGAAAAAGAGCUCGCUAAAAGACCUAAAAGUAGGCAAAUAGGAACAAGUGUUUCUGCCAGAAAUCUACUUCAUAGCCAAAGAAUAAACCUCAAAACACAAAACAAUAAAAAGAGAGUUGCAUUGCCUCAACCUCCGAUUGGUCAGACGAUCGGACACGGACUUAUUACUAAAUAUGAUUUAUAAAAGACUCAAUAUAAACAUCGAAUCGC